CGCACCUUCCUCCAACCCAACUGCGCGUGCCUUCCUUGCCUCGCCUAUUUAGGCGCACAUUCGUAAGGAUGUCAUUAUGUAUUCCCGCCCGAAGAUGUGGCCCUCACAAGGACACCGCCAUCGGUUGAAACUACCUCACCCUCUUUCGCAUGAUCAGGCGCAUCCUUCGCCUCCAACAGCUAUCCCGCAGGAUCAGAAUGGCGGAGCGGCGUACGAAUCAGUACCCGAUGGCCAGGGCUAUGUUUGCGAACCUACCGGAUUUGGCGGACGGACUGUCUACGCUUUCGCUGACUCCCGACGAAACUACUCCGAACAGUUCGGAACCGGCGCAAGCUAUGGGAAUCCAGUCCACAGGAAGGAGGACCGCGAUCAAUACCAAGACCUACGUCCCACCGCACCGUCGACGGGCCAAGCGUGUCCCAGCUACUGCGAAAGACGGAAUUCAGCAGAGCAAGGCUUUUACGGACAACAACUUGCCUAUCAUAAACCGGCCAGCCCUGACACUGCAUCCUGAUGCGCAAGCAUUCACGCCUGGCUCAGCCUACCGUGCAGAGCAAUGGCAGCAAUCGCCUUGGUACGGAGCGCAGCAAGUCCAGCCUCAUGAUUCGGACUACAGCCGAUCAGCCUCAGGUGUUGAAGAUGGUCAUGUGGAAGUACCAGCACCGCCCGCCACGAGUGAAGCAGAAUGGUAUUCAUCUAUGGGCAUGCUCUCACUCGCACAAAAGGCCAAGAGAAAAGGUGGUAAACCGCGCGGCAAGGCUACAGUUACUCCGGUUCGGGAAUUGAGGGCGCCUGGUGCUGAUCUAUCCGAUUCGCAGCAAUCUCUGAGUCUGCCUCCGCCAGCAUCACCGAAGUCGACGCCGCGUCUGAGUCUCUUGAAACGACCAGAGCCAACUUGGACAUACUUGAAACAAGCCGAACGCGAGGCCGCCUUUCGCAGCGGACCACCGAGGAGGUUGCUUGUCGUCCUCGAUCUGAACGGCACUUUAGUGCACCGGAAAAAGGGUGGUGGCAGCAACUUCACCGCACGUGUGCACGUCCCCGAGUUUUUGCACUACCUCCUGACAAACCACAAAGUCAUGAUCUGGUCUUCUGCAAGGCCAGAGAAUGUCAAGGACAUGUGUGCGAAGCUCUUCACCAAGACGAAACGCGAUCAGCUUGUCGCCAUAUGGGCUCGUGACAAGCUGCGCUUGACUCCUCACCAAUACAACGAGAAGGUCCAGGUCUAUAAGCAGCUCUCCUGGGUUUGGCGCGAUCAUGAUAUAGACCUCACUUGCGCUCAGGGGGAGAUUUGGGAUCAAGACAACACGGUGCUAAUUGACGAUUCCGUGGAGAAGGCGGCCAGCGAACCUUUCAACUUGAUCAAAAUUGACGAGUAUUGUGGUGGCAAGGAUCAGCUCGAUAUGCUUGGGCCGCUGAUACAGUACCUGGAAGUGCUGAAGACUGUGGUGGACGUUAGCUCAUGGAUGCGUGUUCACCCGUUUCGGAUCGACCAUGAAGCUGCGCCUUACGACUGGAUGCCACUGGUGAACGAUAUGCACUAGUCAGCUAAUGAUAUGGCUUCGAGCACGCAGUUUCCAAAAAGGCGAGCCGCUGUGGUUAUUUAACUAUGAAACCAAACGUUCCAGAGUGUUUCCUAUACUCUAGUAGAAGGUUCGUCGCAGCCAGAGUAGCCGGCAGCACUGAUCGAGGAGCCAAUUCCGUGCGUUUCCAAGACUUCAUAGCC